AUGUCUUCCCGGGAUUCUGUUGGAUCAUCAUCAGAUUCAUCUUGUAGUUCACGGAGUUCUUACGCCUCAAGCUCUGGUUCAUUUCCAAGUAUCGCCAGCACGAUAUCUUCUAUUUUCUCCCGUCGUUCCACGCCACUACCCGAACUUCCCACCAGUUCCCUCCAGAGUCCACAGGAUAAAGCAAUUGAAAAUGUAUCGAAUGUAACAUAUUUCGAAUCAAAGUCAAGGCGAGAUAAAUCGUAUGGUGACAACACGUCCACAUACCUAGUUAAUGUUUGCAGUAACGAACCUUUGAACCAUCAGAUACCAACGCGGCAAAAACUUCUCACUACAGCUCAGAACGGGCCAUCCGCUUUAGCACGACUUCAGGAUGUGCAAAACGUGUUCUGUGUUGCUUUUGGAAUCUUUGAUCGAUAUUAUGUAGCAUGGAAGGAUACUCGAGGGGAAAAACAUCAAGUCUCAUUCGGUACCAACAAUGAGUUCUUUGCUUCUGAUAAGGACGAUAAGAUUUCAGGUCGUGAUUCUGUGCCUUCAACCAUCGAUCAUGUAUCUAGGUCGUCACUAAUUAAGCCAAUUGUGCAAAUAAAUUCUCAUCUCAUACCCAACCACAAUAAAAUCGAAGAAGAAACCGCGGAGAUACUACGAAAUUUGAGAUUAAAGAGAAGGAGUACUAUGUUUACCUUGGACUACCAGCGCAUGACCCUACACAAAACAUAA